UAACCAGGAGCACUGGCAGCAGCAAGUCAGCAACAGGGACUGUCCCAAAAUGCCCAAAUUAAAUUCUAUAUAUGGCUAUUCAUGAUAACAACCACCACUUUUAUUAUUUCAGAACAACAAGACAGUGAAGAGUGAACACCCAAAUCCUUAAGCCCGCACUGCUUCUUCUUCUUCUUCUCACUCCACUUCACUCCCUCACUCAAAUCUGAGCUCAGCUAUGGCUGGGAAUUCAGUAAAAUGGCUAUUACUGUGUGUGACAUGCUGCCUCACCAUCGGCCUCCCUGCCUCUAUGGCAACCUUGUCUCCGAUGAGAACAUAUAUCAUCCAAAUGGACAACUCUGUACGACCAGAAUCCUUCACAGACCACCUUGAGUGGUACUCGUCCACUGUAAAAUCAGUUCUUGCGAAACCCAGUACAGAGGAUGAUGCAGUCAAAGAAGCUGCGAACAGGAUAAUAUAUAGCUAUGGAACCGCUUUCCAUGGCUUCGCAGCCCAGCUGAGUGAAGAAGAAGCUGAGAGACUUGGAGAGGGUCAUGGUGUGGUGGCUCUGUACCCUGAGACUGUAUACCAUUUACACACUACGAGGAGCCCACUGUUCCUCGGGCUUGAACCCGAAAGCAGUAUUAGUGUCUGGGCUGAUGAUCACUUCAACUAUGAUGUCGUCGUUGGUGUGCUGGACACUGGAAUCUGGCCUGAUAGCCCGAGCUUCAACGACACGGGCAUGGCACCAGUGCCCAAGCACUGGAAGGGAGCAUGCGAGACAGGUCGCGGCUUCGGCAAACGAAACUGCAACAAGAAAAUUGUGGGUGCCCGGAUCUUCUACCGAGGGUAUGAAGCCGCUACGGGGAAGAUCAAUGAACAAGAGGAGUACAAAUCACCUAGGGAUCAAGAUGGCCAUGGCACCCACACAGCUGCCACAGUCGCUGGCUCGCCUGUGCCAGGUGCAAACCUGAUGGGCUACGCUGGUGGGACGGCAAGAGGGAUGGCCCUCAAGGCGAGAGUUGCAGCUUACAAGGUUUGUUGGAUCGGUGGGUGUUUCAGUUCAGAUAUUCUGUCUGCAAUCGACCGAGCUGUAGCUGAUGGUGUUAAUGUUCUAUCCAUCUCCCUCGGAGGUGGGGUCUCUUCCUACUAUCGUGAUAGCUUGUCGGUUGCUGCUUUUGGAGCCAUGGAGAUGGGGUUGUUUGUUUCAUGCUCAGCUGGAAAUGGAGGGCCUGAGCCUUUCACCCUUACAAAUGUGUCUCCAUGGAUCACCACCGUUGGAGCCAGCACCAUGGAUAGGGAUUUCCCUGCAGCUGUGAAGUUGGGGAAUGGUAAAUUUCUGACUGGUGUCUCACUCUACAAAGGCCGGAGGAACCUCUCGAUCAAGAAGCAAUACCCAGUAGUUUACAUGGGAGGCAACUCGAGCAGCCCUGAUCCAACUUCAUUAUGUUUGGAGGGUACUUUAGAUUCACAUACCGUGGCCGGAAAGAUUGUGAUUUGUGACCGAGGCAUUAGCCCAAGAGUGCAGAAAGGUCAGGUGGUGAAAGAUGCAGGUGGUGUGGGCAUGAUUCUAGCAAACACUCCUGAAAAUGGAGAAGAGCUAGUUGCAGACAGCCACCUUAUUCCAACGGUUGCAGUAGGAGAAAAGGCAGGAAAAUCAAUCAAACACUACACAGUGACUAACCCACAUCCCACUGCCACUCUGGCCUUUCUUGGAACCAAGGUAGGAAUCAGGCCUUCCCCUGUAGUUGCGGCAUUCUCAUCAAGGGGACCAAACUUGCUCACACCAGAAAUUCUCAAGCCAGAUUUGGUGGCUCCAGGAGUGAACAUUCUUGCAGCUUGGACUGGUGAUGUAGGACCUUCCAGCUUAUCGACGGAUCGCCGGAGAGUGAAGUUUAACAUCUUGUCUGGAACAUCAAUGUCUUGCCCUCAUGUUAGUGGAGUUGCUGCUCUGCUCAAAGCUAGACACCCAGAUUGGAGUCCAGCUGCAAUCAAAUCAGCUCUCAUGACCACUGCUUAUGUUCAUGACAACACACGCUACCCAAUUGUAGAUGCUUCAACUGGGGCACCUUCAAACUCCUACGACCAUGGAGCUGGCCAUAUUAACCCUUCAAGAGCUCUCGACCCCGGCCUGAUCUACGACAUGGGUGUGCAGGAUUACUUCGAAUUCCUAUGCACACAGAACCUGACGCCGAUGCAGCUCAAAGUCUUCACCAAGUCGUCCAAGCGUUCCUGCCGACACAUUCUUGCAAACCCAGGGGAUCUGAACUACCCAGCUAUCACUGCAGUACUCCCAGAUCAGCCCUCUACUACUGUCUUGACCCUUCACAGGACCGUCACCAAUGUUGGGACUCCGGUUUCAACAUACCAUGCUAAGGUUUCCCGGUUCACAGCUGCUUCUGUUAUUGUGGAGCCAAAAACCCUCCACUUCACAAGGAAAGGCCAGAAACUGUCUUUCAAGAUCACAUUCACUACAAAAUCACAGCAAUCAAAGCCAGAGUUUGGAGGUUUGACAUGGACUGAUGGUGUUCACAAGGUCAGAAGCCCAAUUGCAAUCACAUCGCUGCCAAAGUUAUAAACCAUUCAACAGUUAUUUUGGAGCAAGUAUAGUUAGUUCUUCAAUAAAGAAAUGUAUCACAAGUCGUUUGAUCCCCAAAAAAAAAAAUGUUCGCUUUUAGUA